AUGUCGGUCCGACAGUACAGUACACCUCGUAAUUUUAAUUGGGUGAUACUGAAGGGACAAAAUAGGGAAGACAUUUAUGUACGGUGCGACAAGGAAGUGACGUUGAACGUCGAACUUUUCAUCAGGCAUGGUUUCUACUUAGAGCUACGAAACAUGGCGUGGUACGUCGCUACAACUGAAGUUGGAGAGCCUUUGCUUGGUAGACCAGUGCUGGAGGCGCUCGGCAUCAAUACAAAGGAGCUUCUUGUUGCAGCCAUCGAUAGGAUGGGGCACUCUAUUGAAAUUGGAUCGUUGGUCCCGGAUGAGGUCUAUCCGAAAGGAAGUGUUGCACGGCUUAUGCACCAAGGUAUUUUCCACAGCGACGGAGAAUAUGUUGCCGACCACGGCGACAGCGAGGACGAUACGUGGUUAGACCUCGGCGAGGACACCGCAUCGGAGAUUGACCAAGCCUUGGAGAGGCUGGUGCAAGAGUCAGUCGAUAAUGGGAUUUCGGAGAAUGGGAAAGCUCGGUUACGCUCUAUGUUGGACCGUUAUCGUGAUGUAUUUCGGCUACGACUUGGAAACGACCCCCCUGCAGAUGUUGAUUGA